CUUCCCUUUAACGUACUCUUUUGUCCAUUUUUAUGUUUUCUUUCAAAAGGCGAAGAUCCAAAGCAAGUUUUCGAACAACUGCUAAAAAAAAAACUGGCAAAAUGUAAAUCUGCGGGGAAAUCACUGCACCUGAGUCAACAUCGCCGCAGAAACAAAAGCGCAAGCGAUCGACAAGUAUCCUAUGAAAUAUUCAUCACUUCUACAAACCAAUAACGACCGGCAAAAUCGCCUCCUUAGCCGCUGCUGUUAAGAGCUGUUAAACAAGAGAUUUAAUGAGCUCUGAUCUAUGGUAAAUUAUUCGAAUAAUGGUCGAGGGCAAGCUACAGCGUUAUAGAUACCGUAUCAGCUAUAGAAGCCCUCGCAAUGUCUAUGUUUCAUCGAAAGAGCCACUCUUUAGAAGAGUUCGAUGGAGUUGUUAGUCGUUCCUCCGUAGACGAAACCAGUUAUCAUUACUCAGGAUCAACUUCGUUCAGAAGAAAAAUGAAAUCUGUCCGUGGGAUGCGAUUCCGCCCGGUUUUCCCAGCGAUAAUUGGAGUUAGCUUAGGAUUUGCGUUAUCAAUGUUCUAUAUUCCUGUUGUGGAACAGCAAUGUUUGUACGAUUUAGAAGAGUCACAAGUUUUGAUUUUGGGUCGCCAACAACCUGGUAUGUCUGACACGAGUGAAAAGCGAACUGAAGAAUCAAAGCCGGUUGUUCACAACACAGUACCGCCGAAAGUCACACACUUUAGUUAUGGGUUACGGCCAUUUUACGUUGCUAGCGAACUCGGCCAUAGAGAUAAAUUACUUGUUGGUAUUCUAACUACUGAGGAAAAUAUUGACUCGCUGGUGCUUGCUGUGAAUAACACAUGGGGGCCUUUACUACCAAAAAUUAUAUUCUUCACUCCGUUCUCGAGAGAUGUUGACUUUUCGGAAAAAUACAACAAAGUGUUGGGUCUACCAAUAGUUCAACUUGCCGACGUGGAAGAUGAGAAUUUUUCCAAAACAAAAUUGUCUUUUAAAAUGUUGAAAUACAUGUACGAUCAUUAUGCUAACAAUUAUGAAUGGUUUAUGCGUGUCGAAGACUCCAUGUAUCUAAAACCAGAGAAACUUCUCGAGUUGCUCAAUAGCGUGAACAGUUCAAAGGAUGUUUAUCUUGGCCGUCCAGGAUCAUACAGGGCGAAGGGAGGAGACAAUGGAGAUGAUAAUUUGUACUCUAAUGAUAAGUAUUGUUAUGGUGGUACAGGAAUUGCUCUUUCAAGAAGUGCUUUGAUGAAACUUGCCCCUCAUUUGGAAAACUGCCUAGAGAACGCAUUGACGGAACAAGAAGACGUAGAGCUCGGCCGAUGCCUUUUGAAGAAUGUCCAAUUGCAAUGCACAUGGAGUUAUGAGGCAGAAGAUCUCUUUUAUCAUUUCCCCAAAGACACUGGUGAAACCAAGAUCAUAAAUCUCAUCAAAGAAAGGAGAAUGGCUCGUACCAUCUCCCUGCAUCCCGUCAGCAAUCCACUCCUCAUGUAUAAAAUUCAUCGCUACUUCGCUGAGCUAGAGCUGAACAAAACAUUUGUUGAAACAAGAACUCUUCAGAAUGCAAUUAAAGAUAUGCUACCAUAUUUACCAGAAGGUGUUCCAGAAAAGAGACCAUUAUGGCCGAUUGGUUUCCGUCAACCGUUUAAACCUCAGUCACGUUUCGAGGUGUUGCAAUGGGAAUAUUUCACAGAUACGUCAAGUUACGGAUUCACAGAGGUCAAUCCUAAGGUACCUUUGCAGGGGGAUUACAAGAAAGACGUCGAAGACGUCAAAGAAACGGCCAUCAAAAUGUUGACACGAGAAUACUCUAACGUGAACAAGCAGUUCCUUCUGAUGAAUGGCUACCGACGAGUUGAUCCAAGAAGAGGAGCUGAGUACAUCCUGGAUAUUGGAAUCAAACCAGGUGCUGCGGAGACCAGGGGAACUGGGAAAGAGGCAGAUAUGACCAUCAGACGAGUUCAUCUUCUGAGGCCGUACACCAUGGUGGAAAAUAUCCUAAUGCCGACUGCUAUCGAGCAACGUGGAAUCCACCUCGUUCUUCCCGUCCUUCGGAACGACACCAAAAGAUUGGAUGACUUUUUUCAGAUGUAUCAGAAAGUUUGCUUACAGACUGGAGAAAAUGUGGUACUACUCACUGUAUUUGUGAAUGUUAGGGACGCAGGCCAAGAGAAAAACAAAGAGGACAUAUUUGCUGAUGGAAAAGCGAUUAUUGCACGGUACAAACAGAAAUACACUUGGGCGCAGUUGCCGUGGAUACAGAUCGGAGUCAAGUACAACUCCCUUACGUUGCUCAUGGACAUUGUUACCAUGAAGCUUCCAGCCAAUGCACUGAUCUUUCUCGCAGCUCUUGAAGUCGAGUUCAACGUAAAUUUUCUUAGCAGGUGCAGAGUGAAUGCACUUAGUGGUGAGCAGGUAUUCUUCCCCAUUCCCUUUGCGUAUUAUGAUCCAGCCAUUGUAUUCCGCCAAGCGAAGAUCCCGGAUGUAAUACCCGUUCAUAAGGACACGGGGCACUGGGCACCAGGACCGAGAAAAAUGGCUUGUUUCGAUAACAAAGACUAUAAAGACAUUAGGAUAAAUAGUGACGACUUCCUUAAAGAAGAAAAAUCACAAAAAUUGCAAUUGAUGGAGGUGUUCGCUGCUAGUUCUUUACACGUGUUCCAAGCAGUCGACAUUGAUUUGAGGAAACGAUAUGAACAAGUAACAUGUGAUCCUCAUCUUAAAGAAGACGAAUACAACACGUGUUUGAAAUUCAAGGCAGAAGGCAUGGCUUCUCGCUCACAACUCGCUCUCCUAGUGUUUGAGAUGGAACAAAAGAGUCAGGGAAAUGGAGCCACAGAGUUUCAUCAGUUACGUUAGUCACACUCGUUAUCAAGUAUCCUCAUACGCCAAUUAGCACUUAAUGACUGGCGAAGCUGAGGGGAACAGUUAG